AUGGGAUUAUUCAGAGGCCGAUCAAGUUUCGUAAUAGAGAGCGAUCGUUGGUAUCUUGGGAUUUGGUUAAAAAAGUUCCCGGAGACAGUCAUAUGGGUGGCUAACCGAGAGAGCCCUCUCUCAAAUCCCAGGGCCUCCCUCCAAAUUUCCAAAUCGGAUAUCCUACUCCUCAACGAAUCAGGCGGCCAACUUUGGAAGACGCACAAAGCAAGGCAGUAUCGGUUCUCCACAGAAGCACUGGUUAUGGAGCUGCGUGAUACCGGGAAUUUUAUCCUAAGGUGCUCUACAAACCACAGCGAUCCAGAUGGGAUUUUGUGGCAGAGUUUUGAUGAGCCGACGGAUCGGAUACUCUUCUCCCCGGUAUGA